UCCUUCUUAAAAAAAAUACAAAUUUUACAUUUUGGCAAAAUUUUUUCUCCGCACUGACGAGACGCAUACCUAAUUUCUCAUCUCUAUGAAAACUACCAUAAAAUGCAACACUGCCAUUUGACGUUUACAAGUGGGUUGAAGAAAAAAUGAAAAUUGUGCGUAUAUUUUACAGACGGAGUUUAUUUUCAUAAAAUAUGUAGAUAAUUGUGCAAAAUUCUCCACAAAUUGUAGUGAAAUACAUACAUCAAACGGCAAAUUACAUUAUACGCAUAAAAUUUCCAACCGAAACAACAAUUUAAGCAGUAAAAAUCUAAAAACAAAAUCGUAAAAAGUGCUGAGGUGAAAAAAUGUCAGUGUGUGUUAAUGUUUUCUCUCUGUCUCGUUCUCUUCUCAACAGAGGAAGCUGAUUGAUGUCAGACUGACUGUUAUUUAUAAUAAAUCUUCACAAAAGUACCGCUAUAAACAGAGAGGAUUCAUACUUUGCAAAAUAUAAACAAACCAGAAAAUAUUGCUGAGAGUGAGAGGCAAACUUAUGAAAAAAAGUGCUGUGGAUGAAAAGUAGAACAAUUUUCACACGUUUCAAAGAAAUUAAUGUAGCAAAAUGUAUGGCGAAUGGGUAUCUUUGUCCUCGCAAAUAACCGCAAACAGUUGUGCGGCUCAAAGUUGCAGUGUUUUAAAUAAAUUCCCAGCCAGUUCUGGUCGUGAGGUGACUGUUUCUGUGGUCAAACAAUUGGCCACGAACUUGGGCAUUACUCAGAAUGCCGAGCCAAGUCAUUUGGUUAAAGAUGACGAGGUCAAUUGGUGUAUGGAUGUAAUUUGUUUUGGCCUGUCAUUGCCUCUGCAAGAACAUGAAACCAUCAAAGACUGUGUCAAUAUUUAUUGCGAAUGGAUGACAGCACUGCAUCCUCAACCAAAAAUUAGUGUACCAAAACCAAUUUGUGAAGAUGCCAAUAUGUAUUGUCGCAAAAUUAUCAAUCAUUUUCAUAAUUUGUUUGUGCCCAGGCAGGGUGAAAUCUUACCAUUUAUUUAUCAAAAAGAGCUUGGUGUUGACACAAUGAGUCGCCAAGCGGUAUUGUGUCAUCGUGUCCUACGAACUCUACAGCAGACUGCACAAAUUUCCCAAACCAUGGAUAGGGAAACAUGGGAGUCCUUGUUAUUGUUUCUUUUGGCAAUAAAUGAGACACUGUUGGCACCACCCACCAUUAAGGAUGAUGUUGGCGAUCAAUUGUGUGAGCGACUGUUGCAAGUACUGUUUGAGGUGUGGUUGCUGGCUUGUGCACGCUGUUUUCCAUCGCCAUCGUUGUGGAAAACGUUACAGGAAUCAUGUGCUAUGUGGAGGCAUCGUGUGGCUCUGGUAGAUCAAUGGAAUCGUGUGAACAUGGCACUGACAGCACGUCUUUUGGAAUUUACUUAUGGUCCAGCAUUUCCAGAAUUGAAAAUAUCUGAUGAAGAUGCCCAGCUUAUACCCCAGGGCAUGAGCAAUGAUUGUGUGGCUCAGACAUGGUAUCGCUUCUUACGUACCAUUGGCAAUCCAAUUGCCUUAUGUUCACCACACAUCAUCAGCAAAUCUUCGCAUUUCGUUCAAUGGGCCCUGACCCACGACAAAGGUGCCGAAACUUAUCAACAUCCAUGUCUGCAGGCACUACCUUUGAUAUUCCUAAAAGCCAUCAAGGGUAUAUCAAAUCAAGUUGAUGCUUUCUUAGGUAUUUAUGUAGCGCCUCAACGUUCUGGCGAUGAUGGCAUUACAAAUCUUAUGGAUAUACGUUCUGCAUUAAAUGAAGCCACAACAACGAGCAGUGGUGGUAAUAGCACUGGUGGUAGCGCAUCGCAACAUCAUCACCACCACCACCAUCAUCAUCAUAGUUUCUUUCAUCAUCAUGGCAGUAUUAGUAUACAUUUGAAUAGCAGUAACUCUGCUACGAAUCAACAUAACACCAACAAUAAUUCGGUGGCGAAUCAACAACAACAACCACAACAGCAACAACAUACACAAUCACAUUUACACAAUUUCAUAAGUGGUCCUGCUAGCUCGGCUCUAAAUGCUUUAAUGGGUCAUCAUUAUCAUCAUAAUCAUGGUACGGCUGCUGCUGCUGCUGCGUCCAACAACAACAACGGUAACAAUAACAAUGUUGCUGCGCCAGCUCUGACAUUGAGUACUGCAUUGGCCCAAAAUAAUUCGUCAAUACCGGCGGCCAGUGGUAGCCAAUCGGCUGGCGUAUUGGGAUCCAUAUCAUUCGGUUUACCCUCGGCCAGCAGUGGUCAGGAUCAACAACAGCAACAUCAAUAUCAACAACAAACAAAUUUGCCACACUCACCAACACCGCCGCUACAAAGGCGUUUGGCAAAAAGCUUUAGUGUUGCUCCCAAUUUGACACAACAAAAGGGCUUAAGUAAAUCCGCUCUCAUUGGCUUGACAACAUCCAGAUCAUCAACAGCAACUGCAGCGCCAGCUCCAUUAACGCCAACAUCAGGACCGCCCUCAAGCAGUAGCUUGGGCUCUUUACCUUCAUUGGGGGUGGAGCAGAGACCACCAUUGGCUGCCACACGACCCAAAUGCAACAGUAUUCUACAUCUUUUCGGUGAAUGGUUGUUUGAAGCCGCCCACAUUGGUGGUGAUGCUUGGCUCAUGAAUACCAAAAAACAAGCCAGCGAGGCCAGUAAACGCCCCUCUUCCAUGAUCAUGGAAAAUCGCAAGGGUAGCAUUUCUUUGUCACAACCAAAUUCUCUCAAUGAUCCCUCCAGUCUGCCACCCACCUUGACAAUUGAUAAAUAUGAAUCUGGCCGAGCCGAAGCCAUUGGCACAUUAUGUAAAAUAUUUUGUGCCAAAAAGACUGGCGAAGAAAUCUUACCCGUUUAUUUGGCUCGUUUCUAUAUGGCUUUGCAGCAAUGUUUGAAAAUCACCGAGACCAAGGAGUGUGAUGAGACAUUGGCCAGCAUACUUUUGAAUUCCGCUGAUUUAUUCCGUUUGGAUUUGGAUGGUGUGCAUGUGUUGUUGCCCUCAUUUAUUUCCGCAUUGGAAAUUGUUUUACCUGCCAAAGAUUUGAAAAUCAAAAAUCAGGCUAUGCAAUUUAAUAAGACCGAACUGAGACGUUCCGCUAUACAGAUUUUAUUGUCGAUCUUAACAUUACCAUUGCAUUUUCAAACACUGCCCAUAAGGGAUUUAACAAACGAGGCAUCGGAAAGGGUCAUUACAUUCAUCCAAUUGAAGCCGCGUUUAAUCAACAUCCUAAUGAAUGCCCUCCAAGUGGAAACAGAUGCCCAAAAUACCCAUAUGUUGUUGGGUGGCCUUCUGCUGACCGUCCAAGAUGCUGUUACCUUUGAAGAAACCGAAAGUUUAGGCGGUGCAGAACAUCCGAAUAUUCAUGGCGGCUCGGCUUCUCCGGGACAUGGCAAUGAGUCGAAUAUCUUGAGUUCAGCUUGUUCUGAACGAUCUGCUUCAAUAGCUAGUGUUGGCAAUUCUAGUUUAGGUGCUCAUAGUACUGCCACUAUUGGCAAUUCGGUUGCCGCUGGUUCAACAGCAGCUGAUUCGUAUCAUGGUUCGGGCACAUUGAAUGCCCGCGAUAAUGCAUCCCAACAUGAAUAUCCCAGUCUAACGAUAUUCGAUGAUUUACCCUUGGAAGUUUUACACGAAUAUGAAACAGCUACUGGCUAUGAUAAUGCCCAUGCCUUGUUUGUUCAUGCCACCUAUUUGGUAUGUCAUCGUUUGAUUUCAUCCUGGAGAACGGAUUUAAAUGUUUCCCUGGCCGCCUUGGAAUUACUUUCAGGACUUGCUCGAUUAUUUAUACGCGACACAGAUACCUUAGUCAAAAUUGAAGAACCAAGUCAAAAUCUUACGAUAAUUUCCACAGACGCCUUGGAAUGCAAACGGGCCGUAAAAUGGAUUUGCGAUUAUAUCUGCUAUCAGUGUUCAAGACCACCGCAGGCCCAUAGCAAAGAUUUGCACAGUACCAUUGUUGCCGCAUUCCAAUGUACAUCGGCCUGGCUGAUGCAGCAUCCAUACUUGUUGCAGGAUAAAGAUUGUCUACAGACCGUACUAGAGGUGGUUGAAUUGGGUAUAUCGGGUACCAAGAGUAUUGGCAAACCGGGCGAUAUACCGAAAUUUAAAGAUGAAAAAGAAUUGAAACCAGCUUCUAUGCGUGUUCGUGAUGCUGCCGAGGCACUGCUAACAAUUAUUCUGGAACAAGUUGGUUAUUUUCCCAGCGAAUGUGGUCCCGAAUCGAUUUCAUCGCUAUUGGAUGAGGUGGCGCUGAUGAAACAUUGCAAUUCAUUGGAUGCGGCAAAUGGUUCUUCGAUUAGCACCGAACAGGCAAUAUCGAAAUUUAAAUAUUUCGUAACGGAAAAUUCAACCAUAUUGGCAUUGCUCGAAGAGCCGUUGGGCAAUGACCAGGAUCCGCAGCCAACUGUGACGUUACUCAUUCGUGGUCCAUUUGGACGUCACGCCUGGACAAUGCAAUUGAGACAUUUGCCACGCAGUAAAUCUGGCACCAAAUACCAUGCCGUCAAUCCGGGACGUCCGAUACCAAUGAAUGAGGUACCACAACGCAUUGAAUUCGAUCAGAAACAUUUCCCCGAGGGGGUGGAAAAAGUCACACCCUGUGUUGCUGAUUUCUCAAUACCCACAUUCGAACAAAUUCGUGAACAAUAUGGUUCCGAGAGUAUUAAACAAUUGGAGACGAUGCUUGAAAAUCAAACUAUACAUGAGAAAUUGGCUUGGGCAGAGACGGAUAACAGUUCCGAUUCAUUGUCUCACGCCCAGGAGAGUGUGCCACCAACGGUGUGUCAUGAAUUCCAGGCGGCAAGGUUAUUUUUAUCGCAUUUUGGCUUUUUAACAUUCGAAGAAAGGAAUCCCAAUAGCCCCGCUGAAUCACUGGGAGCUCCGCCGCAACGACCAUUAAUUGUUUUGGAUACAAAGAGAUCGAAUUUUGCAACAGAAUUAAAUUCUCUAGAUAAGUUGAGUGCACGUACCUAUGACACGGUUCAUGUAUUCUAUGUCAAGGCCGGACAGACAACGGCAGAGGAGAUUGUGGGUAAUAUGAGUGAGGAAAAUGUGCGUAACUUGGAUCCACAUUUUGGUAACAUGCUGAUGACAUUGGGAUGGCCUGUUGAUAUUAACGAACAUUCCGGCUGGUCUGGCUUGGUUAGUACAUCAUGGUUUUUGAAAUCGAAUUCCAGCAAAUCGGAAGAUAAAUCACAAAAUCGUUCCACGGCACCAAUGGAUUUUAAAUUCAAUGGUGAAUCGAAAGUUUUGUAUUGGGCUGAUGUUUCAUCGGAGAUUGCUUUUGUGGUGCCGACCGAAUGGAAUCUACGUUCCGAAGUCGAUGGUUGCUGUCAAUCAUCUGGUGGUGCUGAUUCAACCAAUGUUUGGUCGCGCGCUUCGGCAGAUGUUGGUAAUUUACCUGAUGCCAACAAAAAUUCUGCACAACGUUCUCGCAAUCUUUCAUUGGAAUUGGAUAAAUCCAAGGAUCCAGUGCCACCAACACGACGAAAGGCAAAUGCCAUGAAACCCGGAUUGUUGGCUCAACCACCAGCUAAAAUUUUCUUGGUUUGGCUAGAAUCAUUUGAGGAUGUUUUGAAUUUCCCCAUAGAGGAACUUUUGCCCUAUACCAAAACCGGAGAGGAAUCAAAUAUUCUACAGCUACCACGGGCUGCCGAUGUGCAUGUGAUUUUCAUACACGCUUUGCAAUCUGGUCUGUUAAGAGUGAAAUUGCAAGGGCCUCCGGGACGUAUGAGUUUUGCCACACCCCUGGUGGAUGGCAUGGUAUUAAGUCGCCGUGUUGUUGGCAAUCUUGUAAGGCAAACUGCUCAUAAUAUGGCCAAGAGAAGACGUUUGGAUAAUGAUAACUUCCAACCACCACACGUUCGUCGCCGCCUCAAGGUACAGGAUAUCGUACAAAAAUACAAAAUGGAUUUGUCGGAACCAGAGCUUUUGGCCCAUCUCUUCAAGUCAUCAUUUUGAAUUACAGUAUUUAAGCAUUGAUACGAAUUCGCUAUUUAUUAGUAACAUAUAAAUUAUUUAUUUUUUCUACUACUUACAAUUAGGAUGAUAUACAACAAUGUACUUUUAAAGUAUAGUUUUUUGUACUACUUGAUUUUUGCAUUACAAAUUAAAUGCCUUUAUUCUGGGUUAAUGGGUUGUUUCCGCCUCAA